CUGAGGCUCACCGUUCUCAACUCCAUUUCACUGUAAGUCAAGAUGGAAAUGGUUUUUCUGCGUCUGCUGUUUUUCACGUCUCUGCUGUGCAGAUCGACACUUCAAGCUCGUCUUGUUGUGGAUUUCAGCUCCUCUCAGCUUUUUGAAGGAACCCGAGUGAUUCUGAAAUGCGAGGCGGACAACGGCUCUGAAGGAUGGACCGUGAAGAGAAACACAACCAAACGGCUGUCAACAUGUGGAGACGGCUGGGGGAAAAGGACCAACUCCUCCUGCACCAUCGAGUUCCUCUUCGUACAUGAUACUGGUGUGUACUGGUGUGAGUCCAGGUCUGGAUCCUCCAGCAGCAGCAGCAUCCAGCUCUCUGUCUCUGGUGGAUCAGUGAUCCUGCAGAGUCCUGUCCUCCCUGUGAUGGAGGGAGAUGACGUCACUCUGAGCUGCAGAGCAAGGAAUCCAACCCACAACCUCCCAGCUGCUUUCUAUAAAGAUGGCGUCUUCAUCGGCAACGAGUCAUCAGGUCACAUGACCCUCCUCCAUGUUUCCAGCUCUGAUGAAGGCCUCUAUAAAUGUAACAUCAGAGGUCAUGGAGAGUCUCCAUCCAGCAGGAUUUCUGUCAAAGACAAACCUGCAGGCCCCCCGCCGUCCUCCGGAGCCGCGCCCUCCGCCUCGGGGCCCGUACAGCUCACAUACACAGUGCUGCGCCACCUGGUGGUGUUCUGUCCAUACUUCAUCUCCACCAUCAUCAUGGUGUCGUUAUAUCAACCCAGAGCGUUAGCAGAAAACAACGUGGACAGUUCCCCACCCCCAGAGUCUGAGCAGGGAACAGAGGUCAAGGUCGAAAUUACAGCAAAUAAUUAUGUGUAAAUGCAGAGACAAUGUUUCUAUCAGACUGUGUCAAAAUGUGUAUUUCAUAUUCAGUUUAUUAGGUUUUCAAAGAUACUGAAGCCUCCCUUCAUUCUGAAGGGGAAACCUUGUUCCUUCAAACACAUCAGAGAUUAUAAAUAUAAGAUUUUACACUUAAAGGAGAAAACCUCAGAAGGAUAGUUCCUUAAAUAAAUGUAUUAUGAGAAUAACACAAUAUCAUCUGCAUAGAGGAGUACAUUUAUGAGGGAAAUUGUUAGUUUAAUGGGUAAACUUUGACGUGUUAAAGCGCCACCUGCUGGUCAUGAAGUAGACUGACCUGUUUUUAUCAUUUAUAGUAACUAAUCUACAAUAACACUGUAUUAUACAUUUAUUUGUUGUGUUAUUAAUGUGUUAAUAAAAAACAGACAUUUAUAAAACUGAACAUUUACUCUUUUUUAU